UUCUCUACGAUCGGCUGAGCCUGUUUACCUGUGCACCUAUUUACCUGCAAACCUGUGUACCUGUCUCCCUGUCUACCUGUCUCUCUGUCUCUCUGUCUCCCUGUCUACCUGUCUACUUGUCUACCUGUCUAUCUUUGUACCUGCAAGUCUGCAAACCUUUAGCGCUGAUCACGGACAGCAUCAUGCUCACCAGAAAUGUUCUUCUUGUGUCUGUUUUCAUCCUGAUGGCAGAGGGAGAUAUGGACUCUAAUGACGUUGGAAUACAAACCAUGUUGACAGAUAGAGACUCCAGUUCUGAUGAAGUCCCCACAGCGAGUAUAAACGCUGUUUCUUUGGAUCCCCCCGCUCCAGCAGCCAAUCAUGUGACAGCACCGGAAACAGCUGCAGCUGCUGCGAACAGUGUGGAAGACGAUGAAGAUGGGAAACGCGACUCUGAAGAAGGAGAGAAGAAGAAGUUUCGCUCAGCAAAACCUCAGAGCCCCGCUCCCCCGCCCCAAAUCCCCGCCCAUGUCAUCAUAAGCCCUGCGCAGCCAAGCCCCGCCCACUCCCUUGAGCCAAUCAUGCCGCAGCCAAAAGCUGCGGUGAGGAAUCGCACAUCCAAGAGACGGUCCCGGACCAGCCGGCGUCAGAUAUAAAGAUAAUAAAUCAGAUGAAACGUGUACUGUAGGAGCAAAUGUUAAACACACAUGUGAAACACACACUCAUUCUGAACAGCCCAAACGCUGCAGACACAUAGAGCCGUGUGAUUGGUCGGUAGAGUCAGAUUAUGUGCUCAUUUUACAUUAAAGACAAUCUUAUCUUUCAAUAGGUUUUAUACAAUUAAAAUUCAGUCUCAUUCAAGGUUCAUUUCAUAGUAUAUGGAACCUGAAAGAUAUGACAAAAUGUGUUCCUCAUGUGUUCA